AGAGUCCCUCUGUCUAUUCCAUAAAUAGUUGAUACCACGUGGCAACAAAGUGAAUCACAGUAAUCCAUUAAAGGAUUUACCUUACGCACGUCUUGUGUUUUUCACGCAUUUUGUCGUGAGAAUUUUUGUAUAAAUUUUAAGUGUUUUUAUUAAACUGUGAUUGCCAAAGAUGUCAGCGAAAGAGGAGAAGGGCACAGACAAGGAGCUCGAUGACUUGCUAGACAGUGCACUUGAGGAUUUCGACAAGGCUGAUGACGCUGCAAAGGGAGAAAGUUCGGAAAAGGGGAAUUCUGCCCUCCCCGUUCCAGAGGCUGCCCAAGAAAAUCCUUGGGAUGAGGAGUUUAUCAAGUCUCAGAUGAAGAUGUUCGAAGAUAGAAUGGCAAAGAUGUUUGAGGGAGGAGCUGAAGAUGGUUUUCAGAAGAUGGCAGAAGCAGCUGCGAUGGCACUCAAUCCAAGCACGGAAAAUGUUUCAGAUCCACAAUUCACACAAACCCUAACAGAAGCCCUGAGGGGACUAAGUGAGGGCGCUGAGAGUCUCCAGAGUCCCUUCUCUCCGGAUGAUAUCACCGAGAUGUUUGGGAAUGUGGAUCUAGCCGGUGGUUCGGGGGAGAAUAAUGCCUUCCUUCCCUUCAUGCAGAGCAUGAUGCAGAGUCUGCUUUCGGCCGAAGUGCUCCUGCCCAGCUUGCAGGAUCUCGUGAGUAAAUACCCAAAAUGGUUGGAAGAGAAUGGAAGCAAAGUCCCAGCGGCGGAUAAGGAGCGCUAUGAGAAGCAACAUGAACUCCUGAAGACGGUGUGUGGGGAAUUGGAGAAGGAAUCCCCCAAUGAUACGCCAGAAAUGAAGAAACAGCAGUUCCAGAAAGUCUUUGAAUCAAUGCAGAAGAUGCAGGAACUUGGCCAGCCACCAGCUGAGCUUAUGGACGUAAACAUUGAUCCAACGCAGCUCAGCAACCCGAAUCAGUGUCCGAUGAUGUGAGAUUUGGUGGAAUCUCUUUUAUAUUCGGGAAUCCAAUGCGAAUAAAUUGGUAUGAGGUGUAA